UUUUAACUAAUUUGUUAUUUUUAAAAUUUAAUUUUUUUUUAUUUUUUAUUUAGGUUUAGUGCAGUUUUGUGAUGCAGUCCCCUCUUGAACGCUCUUUCAAUGAAAAUUUACUUCUAAAAAUAAAUAAAUAAAUAAGUAAAGUAGGAACUAGGAAGCAUGCUCUGUUUGCGUAAUUUCAUUAAUUUACCUAAAGGACGUGAAGCUUCAAAAGGAAAACGACGGAGAUUUAGAGAAGUAGUGCAUGGGGAAACAACAAUUUUGGGUCUAAUUUUGGAUAAAUUGCUGUUUUAAAAUUUUUCCGUAACGAUCAAACUGAAAAACAUGUAUCUCUCUUUGAAAUUGUUUCUCCACCAUAGCUUGAAACAUGAAAAAUACCCUGUAAAAUUUUGAUUUUUUUUUAGAGGAUAAAUCUGUGAAAAUCCAAAAAAUCAUCAACAACAUUUAGCUUAGUAACGAAAGCCUUGAUCAGAUAAAAUUGGUGCAGGACCCAUAUGUCACAAUGUAACUUGACAUUUAGUGCACAUGCCUUGUUAUUAGAAGGGAAAAGAGGAAGUCUAGGAUUUUACUUAAAGCAUUACUCUUACGUAAAUUAGAAGUCCUUUUAUUGACAUAGAUAAAUUUAUUGUGCUGCAAAUAAGUUAAAACUCUAGUUUGAGAAUGUCCAAGCCGUCCAUGCCAAGUGUCUACAUCUACUACAUGAAACCUAUUUGAGAAGAAAGCUUUGGCCGUGACAUUCUCUAGGACAUAUAAUGCAGCUUUCUUACUCCUCGAUACCAUCUCUUGAUGUGUUUUUUGAUCCUUAAUAAGAAAACCAUGAUCAUUAAAUAUAACAUAACAUGGGUAGUCGCAUGUAAGCUGAGAGACAGAUCAAAUUAUUUUUUAUAUUGGGAACAACAUGCACAUUAUGUAGAGAAAACUGUGAAUCCGUAGGAAAGACUUGUGCUUGUCCAAUAUGUGUGAGGAGUAAUUUUUCACCAUUACCCACCAUAACAUAGUUAGAUACGAUAUAAAGCCUUAAAUCAGAAAGUGUACCUAGAUCAUCGGUAAUGUGGGCUAUAACACGGUUAACACCACUUUUGGGGAGCCAUUCACUUUCAUUGGGUGUAUUGAGAUGAAGUGCGGCUAGGGCUUGUGGAACUUGGUCAUCCUAAUAGCUAUUACUGAAGUGGUGCCAGCAUUUAAUGACAUUGUGACUUUAUUUUUGUAAAUCUAGCACCGGAGAGAAGGGGAGGUAUUUUCCCCCGAAUUUAAUUGAAAAGUGUUUCGUGCUUUAUUGUAGGGCUGCAAUUUGGACGGACUAACCCAGCCCAAUCCAAGCCCAACCCAUAAAUUUUGAAAUUGGGCUUAUAUUCACAAAUUGGGUUUAUAUUCGGAUUAGGUUUUGUCAAAACCCAGACAUAUUCGGGUUAGACCCGAACCCAACCCGAAACUUGAAAAAAAAAUAAAAUUUACUCUUUCUUCUUUCUCUCUCCUCUCUCAUCUUUCUCACUUUCUUUCUCUUUCUCUUUGUGCCCAUACAUACAAUUUAGCAGUUGCACAGAGAGAGAGAUCUGGGUUUUGAUUUUUUGAACAAUCUUGGAGAGCUUGGGAUGGAAAGAGAGAGAGAUCUGAAGCUUGCGAUGGAAAGAGAGAGCGAUAGCGGCUGAAGCUUGCGAUGGAAAAAGAGAGAGAGAGACAACGGCUGAAGCUUGCGAACCCGAACUAGAACAGCGGGCGAUGGAAAUUGAAGGAUUUGGGUUUUGAUUUUUUGAACAAUCUGAAAUGAUAUGCCAAUAUGGGUUUUGAACUUUUGAUUCUUGCAGACAGAAUAGAUAAAAUUAAAAUAUAUGGGUUUUGAACUUCUGAUUCUUCUAGAUUUUGUAGUUUGCAAUUGGAGAGAGAGAGAGAGAGAGACAGGGAGAGGGAGGGGGGUAGUUCAAAGAGAAGAAAGAUGGAGGCGAUAGGGAAGGCUGAAAUGAUUUGCCCUAAAAAUAUUUUGUUUUUUUAUAAUAAUAUAAUCAAAUAUUAUAUAUAUAAUAUAAUAUUACAAUAUUAUAUUAUAUAUAUAUAAAUUUUUAAAAAUAAAAAAUAAAAAACUCAACCCGUCAAACCGUCCGAAAAUAUUCGGUCCGAGUUAUGACCAUAGCCCAUGUUAAGUACAAUUCGGGUUGGCCUAACCCAACUCGAUUCGAGUUGGGAUUGGGUUGGGUUGGGACUGGGUUGGGUUGGGCCAGCCCAAGUUGCAGAGCUACUUUAUUGAGAGUUGCUUUGGGUACAGGGAGGCUGAGAACUAGCAUGAGUGAAACCCCCAUCCUUUUGAGGUAAAAGAGGGAUUAUAUUCAUGCUUCUGUUGAAAGGGCAAUGUGGAAACGAAUGCAAGUGUGGGAUUUGCAUGGUUAGAUAAAUGGAGCUUGUUGCGUUAUUCAUGACCGUGCAGUAAUAAAAUUAAAUCAUUUUAAGAAGGAACAUGAGUCUUAAGUAUAGAUAUGAAGAAAGACUCACUGCGGUCCUAGACCGUUUAAAAGCCAAAAUACCUUUUUCUAAUCAGGUACUUGUUUGCUAACGGUGUUGAGUUGAUCACAAGUUGAUUUAAAAUCUCUAAUGUAGUCAUUUAGUGAAGUAGACUACUUUUUCUUCUCUUAAAGCUUGAGAAUUAAUUCAAAUUCACGGGCCUGAGAAUUUUGCGAAUAAGCACUGGAUAAAGCCUUCCAAAUAUCGAACGAAGUGGUAAGGCUGACAAUAUGGCCGAGAGCUUCUUCUGAAAUAGUAACUAUGAGCCAGCCUUUAACCUGUCUGUCUGUGCGUGUCCAUGCCACCAGAUCUAUGCAUGUGAGGAACUUUGCCUUCAUUAUUAACGCCAUUGAUCUCACCUUCGGGUGGUGGACUGUCUAAUGUGAUAAAACCAAGAAGAUGCUGACUUUUAAUUAAGGAUAGAACUGUGUUUCCCACAAGAGAUAGUUGGAAAAUAUGAGUUUCACAGAUAACGAAAUUUGCUACAAUGAGGUUAGCAGGAUAUGAGUAUUUUGAAAAACUGUAGCCAUUUGAUUAAGAAGACAGAACUAAGAACUGCAAAGAGAAGUGGAAGAGAGAGCUAGAUGGAUCGUGCUAUUUAGAGCUUUGGUGGCUCUAAUACCAUAAAGAUUAUUUAAAAGAGGCUUGUAAUUGUGAAGUCAUACCAUUUUUUUAUUGCCAAGUUUACAUUUAAAUAUGGGAAGUUGUUUACAACACAAUAUCCAGAUAGUUGAUACAACAAAAUAUUAAUAAAUCUUUUGAAAUCAAGGUGGAUAAAUAAAUUCAAAACACUUUGAAUUUGCAUUUAUUGAAUUUGAACUUCCUCCAGGUAUGCCGCCUAACUCCUUUUCACUGUUCUGUUAGAGUACCUACAAGUUUUUAAUAGUUGAGAGGCUUUUUCCGCAAUUUUCCUAACCAUUAAUUACUAUGUCCACUAGGUUGAUGCCACCAAGAAUGAGAAUAAUGACUUAAUAUCUGAGUGUAAUGCAAUGCAGUCACUUGAUGCAAAUUAUGACUAAAAUUAUUUCAGAAACUCUAUCCCAUUCAGUCCCAUAAUUCUGCCGUUAAUUGGCGGGGUAAGUUGCAUAAUACUUGGGCCAAUAUAUAUAUACUUUUGUCUGUUAGUUUCCAUGCAUUGUGCUUGUAAAUUAAAAUCCCCUGUCAAUAUGAAAAAUUUCAAAGAUGUGGAAUGGCCUGUGAUUUAUGUGGGUAAACAUGUGGUAGAUGAUGUCUGCAGGGUUCAAAAAUAAUUUUUAAUUUGACAUUCUUGCUGAGACAAUUCAAUUGCUGUUUUUUCUAAUGUAUAACAAUGCGCCCUUUUCUGAAAAGGCUAAUGUUAAGAGUUCUUAAAGCAAUAGGUAUUGAAAAGAUAUUGGAUAUGAGGUCAAAAAACAAUCAAGCCCAUGAACUACUCAGUAAGAUGUGUUCUCCAAUCUGGACUUUUGAUUCGAAACAUGUGGGAGUAUACUUGAAGCGAUAAAAAGAGCCAUCAAAUGUGGGAAUGUUGAAUUUGUUGAGGAAGUCCUGAAGUCAAAUCCUGCUUUGUUAUGGGGGAAUAGGGAAAACGGAACCAUAUUUCACAUUGCAGUUGCUUUCCGUCAGGAGAAAAUAUGGAACCUCAUAUAUGGUUUAAGUACCGAACAUAGAAAUAAAAUCACUGGAAUUCUAGUAGAAUCAAACAGCUUGCUACAUGUAGCUGCAUGUCCAAUGGUAAUGCUUGAAACCAUAAGAAUUCAACAUGAAGCUCCAAAAGAAGUGAAGGGAGAACAACAGUUCCAGAAGGUAUUUAAUAAAGCUCGUGAUGCAGCUAUGAAAAUGCAAAGAGAACUACAAUGGUACAAGGAGGUCGAGAGGAUGGUACCAUCUUCAUAUAUACUUCUUCCUAACAAGUAUGGAGAAACUCCUUCAGAUUUGUUCUCAAACUAUCACUAUAACUUAGUCAAAGAAGGAGAACAAUGGAUGGGAGAUACAGCAGGAUCAUUCACAAUCGUUGCCGCUCUCAUUGUCACUGUUAUGUUUGCGGCAGCCUUCGCAUUACCAGGUGGCACUGAUGAAAAUUCGGGAAACCCCAAGUUCCUACAGCGCAACUCUUUUAUGGUUUUCAUUCUAUCAGAUGCAAUCUCUCUAUUCUCUUCAGUUACUGCAGUGUUAAUGUUCCUGAGCAUUCUCACUUCACGUUGUACUAAAGAUGAUUUCCUCAACUCAUUACCCAAGAGGCUAAUAAUUGGUCUCGCCUCCCUUUUCUUAUCUAUUGCCACCAUGAUGGUCACUUUUGUUGCCACUUUUGGUAUCGUGCUUGGUGAACGGAGAAGAAUGGUGGUUGUUCCAAUCGCUUUGCUUGCUAGUGUCCCAGUAGCCUCAUUUGUUCUAUUGCAAUUUUCCCUAUUUGUUGACAUUUUCUCAUCAACCUAUGGACGCGGUAUCUUCAACCAGAAAACAAAAUGUUCUUUCUUCAACAACCCAAAUAAGUAUGUUCCUUCAAAUCACAGAUAUUUCUCUCUUGUGUAAUUAAUAUGCAAUGAUUGUGGUAUUACUAUGUCAUUGGCAUAUAUAAUUCUUAUCAUGGUUCACUAUAAUCGCUAUUUGUACUAGUAAUUAUGUAUCUUAAGCAGAAUAAGAGAGUGCUUAUAUUUAUGAAACAUGAAAUGAGUGUUCUUUUUAUU